UCGAGCUUAUCAAGCUAUCGACUGGACACGCGGCAUUGCAUCGCUUUAAUUUUCAAUUUCAAUAACGUUUCUUACAAAAUGAAAUUACAUAAAUUUUUGCUACGUUAUUACCCUCCUGGAAUUGCUUUAGAGUACACGCAGGGAGGCAACAUCAAAAGAAAAAUGAUAGAUCUGUUAGAUCUUACUGCCAACACAGAUAUACGAAGUUUAGCAGACAAUAUUAAAGCAACCGAGCCAAUCAUUACCGAUGGAGUUAUGGAGCAGCUUAUUGACACUUUACAAAGACUACAAACCAAAGUUUCUGACGAAGAGAUUAAGCAAUUUUAUAAAUAUAAGACACUAAAGACCCAUCUUUUACCCAUCACUAAUAUAUCGUUCGAUAAACUAGGUAAAAGAUGCCUGACGGGCAGCUAUGACAGAACUUGUAAGGUUUGGGACAUUGAGAGUGGAAAGGAGCUUCUUACUCUCGAGGGCCAUAAGAACGUAGUCUAUACCGUUUCCUUUAACAAACCAAGUUCUGACAAAAUUCUGACCGGAUCGUUCGAUAAAUCAGCCCGUGUUUGGUGUUCUCGAACGGGCUGCUGUCUUAUCACUCUCUGGGGUCAUAAUGCUGAAGUAGUGGCGGCACACUUUUCGCCUACACAAAAUAAAGUGGCUACUUGUUCGAUGGACGCCACUUCUAAAAUUUUUCACAUUUCUACUGGUCAAGAGUUAGGUACCCUGAGAGGUCACACUGCAGAAGUUAUUGCUCUAAGCUAUAGUGGCGAUGGGAACGAAUUGAUCACAGGAUCAUUUGAUAGAACUAUCAGUGUUUGGGAUAGCCGGACGUAUCAGCGAACAAAUCUUUUCAUCGGGCACCAAGAAGAAAUUUCAAAUUGCGUAUAUAACUUCGAUGAGUCUCUCAUAGCAAGUUGUUCACUAGACAAAACCGCAAAGCUUUGGGACAAAAGAAUGAAUAAUUUAUGCUUGGCCACUUUGACAGGCCACGAAGAUGAGAUUUUGGAUUUGAGCUUUGAUAAUAGAGGGAGGAAACUUGCCACCGCAAGUAGCGAUGCUACUGCCAGAGUUUGGGAUAUAGCUGCUGCCGAUUUUCAUCAAGUGACCGUUAUGGAAGGGCAUCAAGAAGAAGUUUCCAAAGUAUGUUUCAGUCCGAAUGGUCGGCAGCUAUUGACUGCGUCUUCGGACAGAAGCUCACGGCUGUGGACGCUCGAGUCAGGGCAGUGUAUUCAGAGCUUUACGGGACACACUGACGAAGUUUUCAGCUGUAGCCACUUAGCUACUUGUUCUGGCUCUCUUUUUCGCCUACCUACUUUAUUUCUACAUCCUCGUUUGAGUUGAACGUCUGGGCACAUACCUGCGAAAAAUGCAUCCACUGCCUAUGUGAAACCGAC